AUGACACGUCAGUGUGAACCUCAAAGUAGUUUUCUCGACCUCAAGCUUCAAGGCCACUGGCAAGUCUGCAAUCAGCACGGCGUUUUUCAUAGUCUCGAGGUUGAAGGGCAUGAGGAUAUUGAAGAUAGCCGUUCCUUCAACUUCCUUGCAACAUUUUCCGAGGCGCCUAGUCAAUACAGCAGCAAAUAUGAUAUUGCCUCGAGACUGAUCCUCAACAUCAACUAUUUCAAACGAUGGAUGAACACAAGUCAAUCAAGGAACUCAUGGCAAAAUCCUCCCGAAAACCGCGCAUCCAGUGAAGCAACCACUGGUAAAAGUUCGUGCAGACGCCGUGGCAAGAUUCGUCGGUUUCUAGGGAAGGUUAAGAAUGCAACUAAAAAGAUUUGUGUGGAUCCCGAGUUUCCUGGGGUGGGGGUCAUAUUCCUGCGGCCGCAAGUUGGUAACCCUGUUCUUCCGAACUUUAAUUGUGAAGGUGCCUCAUCGAUUCCGGAUAUCAACUUGAAGGAUGCUCCUCCUGGUGCGGAACAAGGCGCCGAUCCCAAAUCGGCACUCCAGAACGCCAAAGAGGCUGUAAAACUCAUGAAGCCACUUUCGGAACACCUGACAUCUGGAGCAUCUACCGUCCAAAAUGCAUCAGCAGAUCUCGAGGCUGCAUAUAAUUUCCAGGAUACAUAUCUUCAACCCCUCAGGAUAUUGAUGUACAAACCAUUCCUUUUGGUUGGAACCGAACUAAUCCCGUAG